UGUGUUUGAACGUUGGCAGUGGACUUUGAAUUCAGCCGGCGCCAAUUGUUGCACCUAAACCCAACGCGCCCGUUAAACGUGUAAAAGCGGAAAGCCCUUCGAAGUCUGGAAAACCUUAACAAGAAAUUUUAUUUUAUUAACUCAAGGAUCUGUUAUUGACUAGGUCAACACAAUGCAGAACGGGACAAGCAGAAAACGUCAGAGCAUCAGGAGAAGUUUACCUCCCUCAAAAUCUGGACCUAAGCCUGCAAAAAAGGCCAAGACUUCUCUUGGAGUGCCAGAGAAACGGUUCCCAAAAUUAACAUCAGGUGUUAUCCUCACCUUUGGGCAGGGUGAUGUGGGCCAACUUGGAUUGGGGCCUGAUGUAAUGGAGAAAGGGCGGCCCACCUUGAUACCUAAACUAGACAAUCUUAUUGACAUGUGUGCUGGAGGCAUGCAUACUAUCUGCCUAAACAAGAAGGGAGAGGUUUCCAGUUUUGGUUGCAACGAUGAGGGAGCUUUGGGUAGAGACACCAGUGAGGAGGGCUCAGAGACGGAGCCUGGCUCUGUUUCUCUUCCUGGUUCAGUAGUCCAGAUAACAGCAGGAGACUCUCACUCCGCCGCUCUUCUCGAGGACGGUAGAGUCUUCGCCUGGGGCUCGUUCCGAGACUCCCAUGGCACCAUGGGCCUGACUCUGCAAGGUGGGGAGAAGAAACCAGUAGAACUUCAAACUGGUACAGUUGUAGUCAAAAUAGCAUCAGGUGCAGAUCACCUUGUUAUGCUGACUGAAGAUGGACAAAUUCAUACAGUGGGUUGUGGGGAACAAGGCCAGCUUGGCAGAGUCUCAGAACGAGGGGCUGACCGGUUGAGCCGGCAGGGCAUGGGUAACUUGCUGGUACCUGGACCAGUACCUUUUAAACCGAGUAAAAAGCCCGAAUUUGUGGAUGUGUGGACUGCCACUUAUGGUACUUUUGCCAAAGAUAAGAACAAUCAGAUUUAUGUCUUUGGUUUGAACAAUUACAAUCAGUUAGGACUUAAGGAACAGAAAGCACAUUUUCAUCCGUCAGUUUCUGCUUCGUUAAGCAUGCAUGACUGGGCUCAGAUUUCUGGUGGUCAACAUCAUACACUUGCUCUUACUGUCAGUGGCCAGGUCUAUUCCCUCGGCAGAAGAGAAUACGGUCGCUUAGGCUUGGGAGAAGGUGCUGAUGAUGUUGCUGAACCUACAUUAAUAACAACAUUCAAUGACAAAAAAGUAGUUGACAUUAGCUGUGAGGGUAACGUGUCUUACGCGGUCACUGAGGAUGGUGAAGUGUACAGUUGGGGAAUGGGUUCAAAUAUGCAACUUGGAAUGGGUGACGAUGAUACAGAUUUAUGGGUUCCGACUAAAAUCAAAGGUAAAGCCCUAGAAAACAAAUCUCUGAAAGCAGUGUCUGCUGGUGGUCAGCAUACAGUUCUCUUAGCUUCAGACUUAAGCGCAAAGCCAAGUACAUCUGUAAAACCAACUGUUACUAAUGGCAAAGGAAAGGAAAAAUCAGAUAACAAAGGGAAGGAAAAAUCAGACAGCAAAGGAAAUGAAAAAUCAGACAACAAAGGAACUGAAAAAUCAGACAACAAAGGAAAUGAGAACUCAAGUGCUGAUACGGAGAAGGAAACAUCAGAAAUUGUAAAAGAAAAGGAGCAAUCCGAAUCAGAAGAAACUAUGGAAACAGAGGAGAGUUCUAAAGAAGAGACAAAAACAGAGGAAGAAAAUAUGGAUACCACAGAGAAGUGAAAACCUGCUCUUAUGUUAUCUGAGCAUUGCCUUAUUGAUUCUACAGCUACUGUCCAUUCUAAUUAAGCACUGGGCGACUUCUGAUGUAAAUACCUUCUUUAAUGGAGGAUCUCUUUUAAUCAAUUGAAAUGAUACUUUAACUUAUUUUAGUUAUAAAAACAUUUUACUGAAAUUGAUUUGGAACUAUGAUUGCCAUUGUUCCCCCUCUCUAUUUUUUUUCUAGGAAAAAGUUUUAUGUUGAAUUUUAUUCUUGCUGAUGAAUAUCAAAUGAAGUGCAGUAGUAUGAUGUUCCAGUCAAGAAAGUUUAAUCAUGUGCCUUUCUCUUAGACAUGAAUUGUUAGUAGCAUAUUGGUUUUCUCUUACACUUGUCCUAUUUAUGGACUGUUAUUUAUGUGGAAGUAGUCAUCCAAUAGUUCUAUUCUAUUAUUCAAGUGAAAGCUGAUGUCUGUUGUCAGAAAUGAUUCUCUUUCUAGAGUGAAUCAAUUUCUAUGUAAAUUCUGUACAUAUAGUGUGCUAAUGAGUGUGAGUGUGCUAAUGUGUGUUGUGGAUUUUACUCUGCCUUUAUUUUUUUUCUGUACUAAAAAAUAACUGGCAAUAAACUUUGAACAUUAUGCUUGAACAUUUAAAAAUGGUUAAAUUGCUACUUUCUCUAUGUAUUUUUUAUUUGCUAGGUACAGCUUGUGGGCGUACCUACUAUACUUUUGGUGUGCUUGGCUGGGAACAAAACUGGAAAUGCAUUAGGUGACAUCUGAUCUCACAUGUGACUUGUCUGCUUGUGGCAAGAAUAUUUGUGCCUAUUGGUUUUUGGAGAAAAGUUGUGAACUAGGUAUAAGCUUUGAAGUAGUUCAAAUUAAAAUGUUGUCCAAAA